CCAGCCUUCCUCUGACGUUGCAUCUGUUCACGGUGACAUUUAGAGCAGUACCCCUGCCACUGGGGGUUCCCGAAGUAGUCACAGCCAUUCUUGCACUUCAAGUCACUCUGGUCUAUCCGCAGAGACGGCAUCUUGGAUGCAAACAUCAUAUACUUGUAAGACCUCUGCAGAUUCGGACCAAACCACAUAGUCACAGUUAUAAUUUGCACAAUAAUUUUGAAUUUAACUUGACUGAUGCCCAACUAUUUGGGCCAAAUUGAUCAACCAUUUAUUUUUGAGCCUUGCUGCUACAGUGCGACACUUGCAGCGACGACCGAACAGUAUUACAACUACAAUUUAGUCAAUUUUUAAUGCUCUGCACUCGAAUAAUCGCCCAUUAAUUGCAAUGACGAUAUUUUCAGCCCAUGUUUGGUAAUUUACGAUUACUAGGAGCGGUUUAGCGCGGAAGGCAGUAUUCAUUUCAAUGUGCAGCGUUAACGGUGGUCGUUCAACGAUUUCCUCCGUUAUAUAGCCCUUCUCUUAUCGUAAAAUGUACAUACUCGAGUAUCUGAUAACCAAAUGAAUACAUGUAACUAGUGUAGAUGUAGUUUUAUGCCUAUGUAGAUAGUGUGCAGCUAUAUGAACAGUAAUUGUUAAUAUACACUCACCUCAGAUUAAGGAAGCGAGAUAUGACGAAGCAAUCAAGGCUCUCAACGACGCUAUCAACUUCAGUCCGAACAGAGCAGGACUGUCUCUCCUUGGGUACUGCUACUUCAGGACACAAUCUUUCCUUGAAGCUGCCAAUUGUUACGAGCAGCUGUCAGCAAUGCAUCCCGAUAUACCUGAGUACAAGCUCUAUUUUGCCCAAGCACUGCACGAAGCUUCAAUGUACGAAGAAUCUUAUAAAGUCACAAUGCAAAUCACAGCCCCAUUACUUGAAAGAAAGGUCAUAAAAUUACAAUCUGCCAUCAAAUACGGCGAAGAAGACACAAUUACAGCAAAAGGACUCGUAGACUCAUAUCCUCAAGAGGAUCCAGAUAAAGACAUCAAUCUAGGAUGUUUGUUGUUCAAAGAAAACCAAUACGAGGAGGCUUUGCAGAAAUUUUCGCGAAGCCUGAACGUUGUUGGAUUCAAUGCACAUCUUCAUUACAACAUAGCGCUUUGCUACUUUAAACUCAAAGAAUAUCCACAAGCAUUGAAACAUAUAACUCUAGUGAUUGAAAAAGGAAUUCGGGACCAUCCCGAACUUGCAGUUGGAAUGCAAGCAGAGACUUCAGAGGUAAAAUCUGUUGGAAAUACACUGACUCUGCAUGAGACAGCGCUCACUGAAGUGUUUAAUCUUAAAGCUGCCAUUGAAUUUCAAUUGAAGAACAUAGAAGCGGCACGUGAAGCACUUAACGAUAUGCCACCUAGGCAUGAGCACGAGCUAGAUGCCGUAACCUUACAUAACAUAGCACUGACUUCUAUAGAUAUAAAGCCAACAGACGGCUUCGAAAAAUUGCAUUUCUUGCUGCAACAAGAUCCUUUUCCUGCAGAAACAUUUGCCAACCUUUUACUUCUUUAUUGCAAAUUUGAAUACUUCGAUCUAGCAGCUGAUGUGCUCGCUGAAAACGCACAGUUUACUUAUAAAUAUUUAACACCAUAUUUGUACGAUUUCUUAGACGCUAUAAUAACUAGUCAAACGUCACCAGAGGAAGCAUUUCAAAAAUACGAAGAUAUUGCCUCAAAACAUGCAGAACAACUCAGAAAACUCACAAAAGUGGUGCAAGAGAGUCGUUCUCAGGGGGAUAACGAUCAAGUAAAGAAGGCUGUUGUCGAAUAUGAAGAAGCGUUGGAAAGAUAUAUUCCAGUGGUCAUGGCACAGGCCAAAAUAUAUUGGGACAUGGAAAACUACGGACAAGUUGAAAAGAUUUUUCGAAAGUCUGUGGAAUUCUGCAAUGAGUCAGAUGUCUGGCGACUAAACGUAGCGCAUGUGCUGUUCAUGCAAGAAAAUAAAUAUAAGGAAGCUGCCAGUUUCUAUGAGCCUAUUGUUAAGAAACAAUACGAUAAUAUAUUAGACGUAAGUGCAGUUGUUUUAGCUAAUCUAUGUGUGUCUUACAUAAUGACGUCACAAAAUGAAGAAGCCGAGGAUAUCAUGCGUAAAAUAGAAAAAGAAGAAGAGCAACAAAUAUUUGAGGACCCUCAAAAGAAAUUCUACCAUUUGUGCAUCGUGAACUUAGUUAUUGGCACUUUAUAUUGUGCGAAGGGAAACUAUGAAUUUGGAAUAUCAAGGGUAAUAAAGUCCCUUGAACCUUUUAACAAACGUCUGGGUACAGACACUUGGUUUUACGCAAAGCGUUGCUUUUUAUCCUUCCUGGAAAACUUGGCUAAACACUUGAUUGUUGUUAAAGAUAACACUAUUAAGGACUGCCUGCAGUUUCUCGAAGGUUGCGAGACUUAUGGGCGACGAGUGAGUACUGUUAUCGAGAACCCUUUUCAAGAAGAAGAUGCGCACACUAAGGCUAAGCAAACGGUGACAUACGAGGCGCGGCUCUUGCGGUACAUGUUCUAUAAGCUAAGAAACAUUGAUGAUUCUGUUACUAUAAAUAAGUAUGAGGAUUUGAAAUAAACGCUUACCUGGAGGUAUUGGUCUUUUAUCGUUGCCUGUCUUUCUUGCAUCUCUGUGUUUGAGCACAAAAGUCCGUUGCUGUCCAAAUGAUAUAGAUGCUAUAGGAGCUGUGGGAUCCAACUCUGGUUCAUUGUCUCUGUGCUCGCCCAUGUGAUCGUUACCAUUUCUAUAUCUAAAUACGGAAUGUAUGCAUAAAUUAUUCAAUACCAUCAACUACACAUAUGAUCUUUUUGUAAAAAAACUAUUGUUCUUUUGUUGCAUCCUCUCAUAAAGUUUAUUACACGAAUUAAUUCAAUAAAUUGAAAACUAGAUAACUAAUCUUAUGACGACUCAAUCAUAUCUUUGUUCUAGUCGUUAUUUUAUGUAAUCAUUAGAUAAAUUUAUACAAGAACGUAGAUAAAUAGAGACGCGACGUCUCAUAGAUUUCAACGACUCGUCACCUACAAUCUGUAGUAGGAUUUCAAAAUCUCUUAUUUUUAUGACAAAAAAUUGCCAACUUCUGCCUGCUUUAGGGCCUGGCCAAACGAGAACCUUAUUCAUUCAGACAAACAAAAGACCCUGGUCUGUGUAGUAGGCCCGCUUGUGUCAAGUAAAUUAUAUAGAUAUUUAAAUAUGUAACCUGUUUAUGUAACUUACUUGUUUACCAAAACAAAGUCGUAUUUAAUCCCUUUUAGAGCUACAAGAAAGUCUCGUAGAGCCAGAACAGGCGCCGGCCAGGGUAGAGCGGGUACUGUAGUGCCAGAAUAAGUGUACGUGAUACCCGGAUCGCCAUAGGCUACUUGCUGCCGUGGCAAAGGGUAAAUUUUGCCGAACACCCUAA